CGCCGGAGUUGGAGGUACUGGCACGAGCAACCGCGACUCAGACGGAGGUUCUUUUGCAUUCUCAUAUAGUGGAGGUGGAUCAGAUGAUUUAGAUUAUGAUCAUUUCCAUUUUUAAUUUUAUGACGUCUUUAAUUAACUCUAGGUCCAAUUACUUAGUUUGGUAGGUCAUGCUUGUAGUUGUACUACGCUCUUCCUUGGCAUUUCUCUCACGCUUACCAGCUAUAUUAAUGUGAUGAAGUUAGAAGUGGGACGAAAAGCAGACAAGCAGGAGAAGCAACAUCAGGACGCAAAUAUUUCGGACGCGAAAUAUUGAGUUUGCGGCUAAAAAUAUCGCGCCAUCUUUGGAGCAGUUAGUUUGCUUACACUGGUAGCUACAUGGAAGCAUUAACUUCUUCAUAGGGUGCGUGUAUGUUUCGCACGUUAUUAGCUCUAACACUUGGAUGCCGAGUCCGACCGCGAGCGCGACGCAUUGGCUGAGGUGAUUGCGGACGUAAAAGGAGCACUUGUGGAACCACUUCUGGAACACGAGCGCGAGCCGCUAUUGAUGCACAAUAUCGAGGAGCCGAGCUUGGACGCCGACUUUCAUCAUGGCGUAUCAUUCGUGCCUUCUCGCAUACUGUUGGAAUCACUUGGAGAAGAUAAAACUGUGCAGCAGCAGGCGGAUCUAAAACAACAUCUACAAGAAGUUAAAAAGAAUGUGCAGGUGAUCAAGACACAUGUAUGGGUCCAUUGAUUAAGAGUUAGGCCAUGAGAGUGUCAGCUUAAGUAUAAUUUUUUUAACCAACGGGAACUGCGUGUUAAGGCGAUCAUUGAAGAAGAACCACGCACGACAACCUCAUACCAACCCUCUUAAUCAGUUGCGUCGUUCUUUCACACAACCAAAUGGCAGAGUUGAUUCGCUCAGGUCGAACAUUCCCUGAUUGGAAGAACCUUGCAUUGACAGCUAACUUGCCUAAUCUGGUCUACUACAUCAAUUUCGUAACAACAACUCCUGAGCAGUCUGCACAUCCACUGAUCUCAUACAAUGGACAAGUCGAUCUUCUGAACGAAGCGAUGCUCGUGCAAAUGUGCCGCAACGGAUACGACUUCAACGAUGAAGUCAAACGAGGAGUAGUCAGUCGUGAGGACCUUGCGAGUAAGUUCUUCGGACCGAGCCAGACACCACAGAACAAUGCUGGAACAGACAAAGAAGUUCUUGCUGCUGAGCUGUUCCAAAAUCAGAUUCGUGGUCAUGCAGCAGAGCCACGCAAAGUCGUACUACAGCAAUUCGAUUGGCGGAAGAAUAUGUCUACUACGGAGAUAAUCAUGACGACCGCAUCACAAGGCCAAGAGGAGGCUGUGACAAACGCGCAAGUCUACCUCAAGAGCCUGGAGAAGAUAGGAGAUGAGAAGAAACGUGCUCGCGGGGGCGAAUCUCAGAAGGUCACGAUAUCAAGACACCGUGUUCUCAACAUAGAAUGUGCAACUCCAUCAUCUGCGGAAAAUAACAAGAACGAGGUUUUUAGAAAAAUCGAUAUUUUCUUUAGGUUCAUCAAGGGUGCGACUAAGCUCGAAUUACAAGAGGGGCUAAAGGGGUUUCAGUAUAUGGAGUAUCUACCUUCACCUGCAAGCCUUUCUCAAGGAUCUGCGGAGAUGAAUGAAAAGAAGUAGUUCUGUUCUCAGUAUAGACUGCGCAACUCCAUUGAUAUCCAAUGACGGCAUCAAGAGAAAGGAGGUUUUUAGAAAAAUUGAUAUUUACUUUCAGUUCACGAAGGAUGCGACUGAGAGGCAAUUGAAAAAUAAUCUAGUGGGGUUUCCGUACAAGCACCAGGUGAACUUUUCGGUUCCCUAGUAGUAUUAAGGAACAGAAAGUUGAAAUCGUCAGAGAAAUCUUAGGCACACAGCCGGUGAGUAUCCUCAAGCUAUCAUAUUUAUAUUGUGUUUUUGAUUUUUUGUUGAAAGAUGUCCUCGACCUCGAAGAAACUAGAUGAAGGUGUGGAUAUCUUCAUUGCUUUUAUCGAUGUCAAAUAUGAUAGGCCCAUCCUGGUGGCGGAAAUCCAGAGAGAUUGUCCUGAAAAAAUAAUAACACCUACUCCAGAACCAUGGACGUUGAUCCAAUAAAAAAACAAUAAUAAAUUUGAACUUUCUUCUUCUUCCUCUCCUGUGAUACUCGACGUUGUUGAUCUGAUCCUUUCCCUUUGCUGCAUCGUGAAAAUUUCAAUGCUGAAUGAGUGCGAAGUUGUGAACUACUGCCUUUCCUCAAUCUGGUCUUCCUGUCGUCAAUUUUGAUGUACUACACAAAAUAUCUUUUUAUAAUCGUUGUUACUACCUUAAGAUGCUAUUCUUUGUAAACCAUGUAGCCAUUCUGCCUUUUGCUGUUACUGCUAUCCGCCAUUAUUUGUUCAUGCGUUUCUUUCUGUUCCUAUCGCGUUCUUGUUUCCAUCGUUGUUGUUUACCUCUUUCCUCUUUACGUCAUAACCUAUUCAUUUUGAUAUCCACCCAAAAAUUGGCGCAUUUCCGAAAAAACUACACCCCACAAAAUUUGAGACGCAAUAAACCUCAUUCAUGUGCUUUCAGAACCAUACUGGUUUAGGUUGCAGGAGUAGAACGAAGCACCCGCCGCUUGUAAGAGAUUAAGCAAGCCCUUAAAGAACAAAGUCUGCGCUCAUCUGCAGAUCGACGCACUCCCACUCCAGGACCAGGAGAAGCGCUGUGAUCAAGUUGAGUCUCUUUCUCUGUAUAGGGAGUAUGAGCAAGCAAACCGAAGUAUUAAUUUGAAGGACGGAACAUUAAAACAAGAAAAAGUGCAGAAGAAGAAAGAG